GAAAACGUUUAUCUGUACAAAAGCCAAGAACACUUCCAAAAUCCAAAUUGAAGAAAAGAACACAAAACCCCCUACCGAAAUUCACAAUAUCGAACGAGAGAGGAAGAGAGAGCAGGAUGAGCGGGAGUAUGAAUCUGCUACAGCUAUGGCAACUUCCUUACUCAACGCUGUUAUUCAGUCGCGCCAAGCUCUGCAAAGGUUUGUACCCAUUACCAAGAAUGAAAAUCUAUCCCCAGUGUCUUUGUAAACAGAUGCAAACAACUACAUAUGAAGUUGUGAAUGGAAGCUAUUUGGAGACAUCACAUGCCAAGCAGGAAAACAAAACAAAGGAUACAGCGCCUGAGAUACUUGAUACGGUUGGUGCCUUCCAAAAGUUACCCAUGGUGAUGCCUUCAGUUGAUAUUCUUUCUUCGGCACUAAGGAAGGCUAGGAGGAUCUCACCUACGAAGGGGAUUGCUAAUGCUGCUAAGCGUGAGAAAAACAAAGGUGCUAAACAACUUGAUGCUCUAAUGAAGGAACUAACUGUGCCAUUGAGAACAUACAAAGAAAGCUUCCCAAAUAAGAGACAUUUGCAUCCUUAUGAACGGUCUCUUAUUGAGUUGACUCUGGGAGAUGGAAAUUAUGAAGAGGUUUUAGGAAAAGUUGAUUCUUUACGGAAGAAACUGGUAUCAGUUGGAAAAGAACAUGCAUCACUCUGUGCUAAGUCCACAACAAAGCGAGAAGCAGAGGAGAGGUUAGUUGAGGGAACGAGAAAACUUGAAGAGAUAUUUCAUUCUGAUGGAAAAGCCGUUGAUGAGUUGAUGCAAAUAGCCAAGACUUUGAGAGCAAUGCCAGUUGUUGAUCUUGAAAUGCCAACACUCUGCCUUGUCGGAGCUCCUAAUGUUGGAAAAUCAUCUUUAGUCCGCAUACUUUCAACAGGAAAGCCUGAGAUCUGUAAUUACCCUUUCACAACUAGAGGAAUUUUAAUGGGCCAUAUUGCUUUAAGCUUCCAGAAUUUUCAGGUGACUGAUACACCUGGGAUUCUGAGGAGAUGUGACGAGGACAGGAAUAAUUUAGAAAAGCUAACACUUGCUGUGCUCUCUCAUCUACCGACGGCCAUAUUAUUCGUUCAUGAUUUAACUGGAGAAUGUGGGACCUCUCCUUCGGAUCAGUUUCUAAUCUACCAAGAAAUAAAAGAAAGAUUUAAUACCCAUCUAUGGUUUGAUGUCGUCUCCAAGUGUGAUCUUUUGCAAGAGUCUCCUGUUCUUUACAUCACGGAAGAUAUUGAAGCUGAUCAUCCUGAACUGCAAACAUACCGAAAAAUGGGACCUGAAGGAGCGCUUCAUGUAUCAGUAAAGAGUAAAGUUGGGUUGAAUGAGUUGAAGAGUAGAGUGCAUGAGCUGUUGGUAUCUCAAUCGGCAAGACUAAACAACACUCAAAAGGCCGAAGUCCCGAACAACAUAUCUCCUGCACGGAAAAUUUUCAUCUAAUAUGCCGCCUUUGGAUUACUUAAAUACAAGCAAGUUAAAUCGGGAAUAGAUAAAGCUCGAUCUGCUACAAGAGACAGCUGCGAACCUAGGCCUCGUGCUGCUGAGCUGAUGCCGGUAAUGCCAAUGUUCUUGUAUUCUAUAACUUUUGGAGGACAUGAUUUAGCUUUCAUGACUUCUCUAGAAAAUGGGCAUAGAAUAAUGUCUCUUGACACUACCAUAUAGUUUAGGAAUGAGUUAUUGAUUUUUUUUAUUAACCUGGAUAUCCAACCCGCUAUG